AUGCCUAAUAGACGACCUCUCCCAAACGACCAUGAAUCUAUCCGAUCCAGCGAGUCCAACCACUCCGUUUCCACAGCCUGUCGAUCAAUCCCACCGGCUGGACACCUUCGUCGCCGAAGAACAGUCACCCAACUGACACGAUGGGUCUCAAAGCGCAUGUCCCGAUCGUCUAUGCCCGCAUUGGGCCAGUCGAUCGAGCUCACCGAGACAAAUAUCAGGGCUCUCGAUGCGACAGUCGAGACUCACUCUGACCGAUCACUCCCGCAACUUGUACAAGCACACUCGGACUCACAGUCGCAUUCGCAAUCGCAAACACAAUAUGACCAUUCUCCUCACCACCAAUUCCUCCCAUAUACCCCUCAAUCGCCCACCUUUGACUCCAAGACCCAACACCCCGAUUUCCCCUAUCACUCGAUAGAAGGCAUCCCCCAACGCCGUCAAUCUAAACGCGUCCAGCGCGACAGAGAACGAGAAAAGCGAGUCCGUCGCUCCUAUGCUGAAUUCUGCGAAGACUUCACUCUCUCCGGCCCCAUCGGCCCCAUCAAAGAAUACGACAUGACCAUGGAUCUGACCGAGCACGAAGAACCAUCCUCUCAACCCACACCGCCACCAGCACCACAACCAUUCCAGCGCGCAGGUCUAUAUAACACCGACCAUCCCUCGGCGCAAACCCCGUCCAGCUACGAGUAUCAGCAGUUCCAUCAUCACCAGCAAGACAGUCCAUACAGCGAUGCACGACAGGACACAAUCAACUCCACCAUGUGGACAAGACCGUAUGAUUCGCAAAGUAUCCGGUCGCAGUCUUCUUCGGCUCCCGGUCCACGUCCGCCCUCUCCGAUCAUGACCCCGACCGUCUACAAGGAGAUGCAGCGCGCGGUGCAAGCUAAGAAGCAGGCGCGGAAACGCAAGAUUCUCGCGCCUUUCCGAGCUUUGUUUGGCUCCGUGCAACCGAUGCGGAAGCAGUGGUUUAAUAUCGAUCACUGA